AUGAGACUCUUAAUCUAUGUUGAAAUAGAUAGUUAUAAACAAGGACAAAGACGAUUAAAUCGAGCGUUUACUACUUUGGACGUGAAGAGUACGGACGACGAAAGUAAUAAGGACACCAGCAGAGUGAAGCCAAAAAUACUAAGUAACGUUGAAGUUGCGAAAGAUUUAGAUAGUAUAUUACCUAUGCAAAAAAAUACGAAUCAAAUUUCUAUUUCUCGUAAAGAAAAAUGUUCACUUAAGAAGAAACUAAAUAAUGAUGAAUCACAGAAUAAUACAUUGGGGCCAAUUGAUGAAAGUGAUGAAGUGUUGGACUUUCAAUCUUUGAAGGUCUAUUUGGACAAAAAGCUACUUGAUUUAGAUAAUUCAGUUAAACGCAAUCUGUCCAGUGAAAAAAAGAGCUUACAGUAUGAUUUGAAAAAAAACUUCGAUGAAUUGAAAAAUACGUUGUUGGCUAAUAAUCUAUCUGGAACUCCUCGGCUUAGCCUAUCUGAUGCUAAAACAAAAUUAGAUGUCAAAUUACCCUUUGCAGAUUUAGCAGAUUUUAAGGAAUUUGAUGACGACGUAAAAAGCUCAAAAUCAAAAAAAGAAGCAUUGAUGGUACUUCUUCGUGUUUUAAUUUAUGGGCAGACUACUUCUAAAGGAUGUAUAUGUAAAAUUGCAUCUGCUUUAUUGACUAAAAGUGUUGAAUCACACUACUCAGGGACAGGAAAAAUAAUAAAAGGAGUUGGAAAACUCAACUUCAGUAGUACGGAAACUUAUAAAUGCAUGAGAGAUAUUUUACCAAAAAAUUUGGUGAUUCUGAGGAAUGCAAAAAUUUUGCCGGAAAAGUUGGCAAAUGGCUGUCUGGUUGUAAUGACCGAGAGCAUGGGCGAAAAGAAAGAUCUCUCUCGGCAUAAAUUUUUUUUUUAUUUUUAUAUUUUUGAUUUUUUAAAUUUAAAACUUAAAAAAAAACUUAAGUUAUUUUAA